UUUCUAUUCAUUUCAGCAGCCUCCAUUGUAUUCAUUCUCCUUCUUUCUGCUUUCUGCUUUCUGCUUCCAGCUCCUCUCUGAGACUCAGCGGGAGGGAGAGAGAGAUAGAGAGAGAGAGAGAGAGCCAUGUGUGGAAUACUCGCAGUCUUUGGUUGCAUAGACAACUCACAAGCUAAACGCUCCCGCAUCAUCGAAUUGUCUCGAAGGUUAAGGCAUAGAGGUCCUGAUUGGAGUGGCUUGCAUUGUCAUGAAGACUGUUAUCUUGCUCAUCAAAGAUUGGCUAUUGUAGACCCUACUUCUGGAGAUCAGCCACUUUACAAUGAGGACAAGACUGUCGUUGUCACGGUUAAUGGAGAGAUAUAUAACCAUAAGCAAUUGCGGGAAAAAUUGAAGUCUCAUCAGUUCCGAACUGGUAGUGACUGUGAAGUGAUUGCCCAUCUUUACGAAGAAUAUGGAGAAAGUUUUGUGCACAUGUUAGAUGGCAUGUUCUCCUUUGUCCUUCUUGACACCCGUGACAAAAGUUUCAUUGCAGCUCGGGAUGCCAUUGGUAUUACCCCACUUUAUUUGGGCUGGGGUCUUGAUGGAUCUGUAUGGUUUGCUUCAGAAAUGAAAGCAUUGAGUGAUGAUUGUGAACGAUUCAUGUCUUUCCCUCCGGGGCAUUUAUAUUCAAGCAAAGAAGGAGGACUUAGGAGGUGGUAUAACCCACCGUGGUAUUCAGAGCAAAUACCUUCAGCGCCAUAUGAUCCCCUAGUUUUACGGGAGGCCUUUGAGAAGGCUGUGAUCAAGAGACUUAUGACAGAUGUACCAUUUGGUGUACUUCUAUCUGGAGGACUGGACUCAUCACUUGUUGCAGCUGUGACUUGUCGUCAUCUGGCUGAUUCAGAAGCUGCUUGCCAGUGGGGAUCACAAUUACAUACCUUUUGCAUUGGUUUGAAGGGUUCUCCUGAUCUGAAAGCUGCAAGGGAGGUAGCAGACUAUCUCCAAACUCGUCACCAUGAGUUUCACUUUACUGUGCAGGAAGGAAUUGAUGCUCUUGAGGAAGUCAUUUACCAUAUUGAAACAUAUGAUGUGACGACUAUUAGGGCCAGCACUCCAAUGUUUCUUAUGUCACGAAAAAUCAAAUCCUUAGGAGUUAAAAUGGUUAUUUCUGGGGAAGGUUCAGAUGAAAUCUUUGGAGGUUACUUGUAUUUUCACAAGGCACCUAACAAGGAAGAGUUUCACCAAGAGACAUGUCGGAAGAUCAAGGCUCUUCAUCUUUAUGAUUGCUUGAGGGCAAAUAAAUCGACUUCAGCAUGGGGUGUUGAGGCUCGUGUACCCUUUUUGGACAAAGAGUUCAUCAACAUUGCAAUGAGCAUAGAUCCAGAGUGGAAAAUGAUCAGGCCUGAUCUUAAAAGGAUAGAGAAGUGGGUCUUGCGCAAUGCAUUUGAUGAUGAGAAGAAUCCGUACCUUCCAAAGCACAUAUUGUACAGGCAGAAGGAACAGUUCAGUGAUGGAGUUGGGUAUAGCUGGAUUGAUGGUCUGAGAGACCAUGCAAACAAACAAGUCACAGAUGCAAUGUUGAUGAAUGCUAGCUUUAUUUACCCUGAAAAUACUCCUACCACAAAGGAGGCAUACUACUACAGAACCAUCUUUGAGAAAUUCUUCCCUAAGAAUGCUGCAAGGUCGACAGUUCCUGGAGGACCAAGUGUUGCGUGCAGUACUGCAAAAGCAGUGGAAUGGGAUGCAGCAUGGGCCAAAAAUCCUGACCCUUCUGGUCGUGCUGCUCUUGGUGUUCAUUCAGCUGCAUACAAGGAAACAGUGGAUGCCAAGACUGGAAAUCUGAUGAAUGGUUCCCCUCAGACACUAAAAGAAGGGAUUGUAGAGAAGACUGCAACAGUUGCUUAAUUGAGAACUUCUCAGCAGAUGUUGGGAUCAUAUUGACAGUAAAGAUGGUGAUGACAGAGGUACUCUUUCAUUUCUACUUUGUUUCAAGGAGGAGGGUGAUCUUGGGCUAUGAGCUGGCUGCGCAUAUUUAUAUCUAAAUAGCCUUUGUAAAGUUCCUCGUUGUUAGAACCAAAUCUAUGUUUUGCUAGUUUCUUAUGUUUAUCAUAUUUGACUUUUAAGGGUAAUAAAUUUAUUUAAUGUUA